UGGUUCAGAGUUUAACGCGAUUAUUCGGAGGAUGCGAUGGCAGGGAUGGCCGAUCUCACCGUGUCCCUGUCGUUCCUGCUGGGGAUUGUAGUUUUUAGCGAAGUGGCGAGGAGAACGGUUUUAUAUCUAUUCCCAAAUCGAAACUGGAUCAUCUAUGCGCUGGAGUUGAUCUCCACUUUUCAGCUGUGCGCAUGCACGCACGAGUUAAAGCUGCUCGCGGAGAUUGGCGGACUGGAGCCGCGGAUCGCGCUGACGCUCACGUUCCUGAUCUCGGUGGUCCACGGACUUUCAUUCCGCGGCGCGAUCUGUAACCCGACCGGCGCUCUGGAGCAGCUCUACCUCGGAACUCUGAUGCGGCGAUGCGCUCUGACGCGGAUCUCAUGCCAGCUGAUAGCGGCGGAGGCGGCGCGGCGCGUCAUGCCUCACGCGUGGGCGCUGGCGCUCUCUGAUCUGCACGCGCAGCACUCGCUGACGGGCUUUUCAUGCACGAACAGCCCCGUUAACGCGCCUCUGCCGCAGGCCGCCGCGGUAGAGCUGGGCUGCGCGUUUGUGAUGCACACUGCGGCGUUUAACGCGGAGAAGGUGGAGGAGAAAUAUCGCGUUCCUGCGAUGGCUGCUGUCAUCACCAUAUUAGUCUAUGCAGGUGGUCAUCUCACUGGCGCUGUGUUUAACCCAGCACUGGCGUUCUCAAUACAGUUUGUCUGUCCUGGGAACAGUUUUGCGGAGUACAGUUUUGUGUACUGGAUUGGACCAAUACUGGGUAUGACAGGCUCUCUGCUGCUUUCUGACAAAGUGAUCCCUGCUAUUUCAGGGAAAAGCACAAUUCCAAAGCACUCUAAUAGACUCGAGACGAAAAAGAUGAAGUGAAUUAAGGCCUUAUGACAGACUCUGAUUGCAUAUAUGAUUAUAUACUGUGAAUAUACACUGUAAUUCUCCAGCUCAUCUCCAAGUAUUAACCAGGGUUUCUGCAGGUUUUAAAAGGUCUUAAUUCACCCUUCUCAAGGCCUAAAAAGGUCUUAAAUCAGAGCAGAAAGUCUUAAAUGUUGGACGCACAGGACAAAUGAAUAUCUUCCUCAGUAUUUUGUCUUGUAUUUCUAAUACAAAUAUCUGAACGUCCUUAAAUCAGGAUAUACUUACCUGAGGUGCACACUGAACACAUGAAGUCUCGUUUUCUGAGAAAUUUAACAAAAAUAAGCGAGUUUGGCUACAAGAAGAACAAAAAUCUGUCAAUGGCGAAUGAAAACUUUUGCAUUUGAAUUAAGUUGAUUUGUCUAAGCCUACUAGCAGAUACUUGUUCGUUUUAAUUAUAAACUCACUUCAUUUUGAUCAAUUUCUCAGAAACAAGACUUUAGUUAUUUUGCUUCUCUGAUAAAUGUAUCUUAAUAUGAACAUCUUUAGACAUUUGCACUAAUACAAUACAUUUACAUUUACAGACCAUAUUUAAGUAUUGUGUUUCAUUCAGUUUAAUCCUUUAAUUUUUUUUCUUUAAAGUUUUUUUUAUUUAUCUUCAUAAAAGCUGCAGAAACUCUGAAUAACGAAAUUUUAGGGUCCUUAAUGUUUUUCUUUUUUAGGAAGUUUUUGGUAAAAUCUAUGCUUUCAAAAUGUCUUAAAUGUCUUCUUAAAUAAGAACAUGCAUACUCAUGAAGCACACUGAAUCUAUAAUGACAUAUAGCUGCAGGUUUACAGCAACAUUCAUAAAAAGCACAUGGCCUGUGUGCCGAGAAUUAACUGUAAAUGAGUUUUGUUAAAUCAUAUUUUAACAGCUGGACAUUCCUGGAAUAAGAUACCUUAAGUGUUCUAUCUCUGUUUGAAUUCUAUUUUGUGUUACAUUCUACUAUAGCGAUGGUUCUUACCUAGUAAUAGGUAAAUGUCAUAGUAGUACUAGUAAUCUUAAGCACAGUUUUGCAGUGCCUUCGGAUUAUUCUGGGUAAAAUAACCUGGGAAGACCAGACCGGAUUGAGUGCAAGCCAAUGCAGAAUGUAUAAUAUGGGAUAAUAACACACUCCUGUAUUAUGAGGAUUUAAAAUAAAGCAGUGAUGAAACCUGUUUGUAAUUAAACUCUACAUAAAAGCA